UCAGGUCGCGGACCAAGAUCAGCAUCCAGUCAGGCAUAUUCGACCGCGCGCAACGCUCUACGACACCCAAGUCUAUCGUUCACGACUUUGCUUAACACGCCGAAUCAGUCACUCUCUUUACUCCUCGUAACGACACCCGAGGCACGUUCCGAACACAUCGUUCUCCGGUGACAAGCCAAGCUCCGGCGCCGAAGCUCCCCCGCCCCGCGCCCGUUCUUCGAAAGCUCCAACACUUAUCUCCAGCGACUGAACGAAACGAGCCCCUCUUCGAGACGAUUACAUUGUCGAGACAUCACUGUAUGAAUAGCUUCUGACCAGCAAUGGCCGACGCCGCUUUCAACAACGGGCCGGGGAACGCGCCCCUGGCCGAGGUCAAGAAGCCCAAGAAGAAGAAGGUCCUGCUCAUGGGCAAGAGCGGCUCGGGAAAGUCGAGCAUGCGGAGCAUCAUCUUCAGCAACUACAUUGCCCGCGAUACCCGGAGACUCGGCGCCACGAUAGACAUCGACCUCUCCCACGUCAAGUUCCUCGGCAACCUCACGCUCAACCUCUGGGACUGCGGAGGCCAGGAGGCCUUCAUGGAGAACUACCUCUCCCAGCAGCGCGUCCACGUCUUCUCCAACGUCGGCGUUCUCAUCUACGUCUUCGACAUCGAGUCCCGCGACAUCGACCGCGACCUCGCCACCUAUGUCUCCAUCAUCUCCGCCCUGCUCCAGUUCUCCCCCGGUGCAAAGGUCUAUGUCCUCAUCCACAAGAUGGACCUUGUCGUCCCCGCCCACCGCGAGUCCGUUUACGACGACCGCGUCCGCGUCGUCCGCCAGCGCACCGCCGAGUACGCCAACAGCAUCGGCUACCAGCAGCAGCAGCAGCAGCAGCAGCAGCACCCGGACGACGACCCCACCAGCCCCUCGACCGCCCCCGCUGGCCAGGCCGGCUUCGACAUCACCCCCUUCGCGACGAGCAUCUGGGACCAGAGCCUGUACAAGGCCUGGGCGAGCAUCAUCCACGACCUCGUCCCCAACCUGUCUACCAUCGAGCGGAACCUCGCCAACCUCGGCGUCGCUAUCGAGGCCGAGGAGCUGCUGCUGUUCGAGCGCACCUCCUUCCUCGCCGUCUCGUCCUGGACCUCGGAAGAGGGGCAGAGGAACCCGACCGAGGACCGCCUCGAGCGCAUGUCCAACAUCAUGAAGCACUUCAAGCAGACCAUCAGCCGCUUCACCGGCACCCCGCGCAACGCAGAGCAGUUCGUGCGCAUGGAGCACAAGGCCGGCACGCGCUUCAACCUUUUCAUCCUCAAGUUCACGACCAACACCUACCUCAUGGUCAUCCUGCCGCCGGGAGAGGCCAGGUUUAACGCCGCCAUGCUCAACUGCCAGAUCGCCAUUGAGCACUUUAAGUUCUUGGACGGCCCGGCCACCAUGAUUUCUCAGGGUGGCGGGGUCGCAUGAAGGGAUUGCGUGUGUGUGCCUGGAGAAAACUGUAGAACUGGUUGGGGGGGGCUCUUUCUCCUUUUCUUCGCAUUUCUACUUCUUCUUUUUUUUUCUUCCGUUGGAGAUGCACGUGGGCGAUAGCUGGCCGCAGCGUCGUGUGGCAGGGAUGAUUAAUGAUACCAUUUCCAAGGGCGUUGGGAGGAUUUAAAACUGUACAACAGAGGGAGAGAGGAGAAAAGGUACGCUUAUCUUAUAAGCAAGCAGUGCAAUGCAUACUUUUACG